AUGGAGGUGCAGGCCCAAGUACUUCGAAUCAUCAAAAAGAAAUCCAAGAAAGAACAGCGAAGGAAAAACGUGACAAGAAAAGUGUUUUCUCGACUCGAGAUGUUAGAAGGUGCUAAAUCAAUAGGUGCCGGAGCUGCUACAAUUGCUUUAGCCGGAGCUGUUGUCGGUAUUGGAAACGUCCUCAGUUCUUUGAUUCAUUCCGUGGCGCGAAAUCCAUCAUUGGCUAAACAAUCAUUUGGUUAUGCCAUUUUGGGCUUUGCUCUCACCGAAGCUAUUGCAUUGUUUGCCCCAAUGAUGGCCUUUCUGAUCUCAUUCGUUUUCCGAUUGCAUAAAAAGUCAUGAGAUCAAAAAAGAAAUGUGAGAAUGUAGUUACAGAUGUAAAAAAAGUAAAUAUCUCGUUCUCUUGUUCUUAAAUCAUGAAUUGGAUGAUGUGCGUUUCAUCAAGUAUGAACAUAUUGCAUU